UGUUUGGUAUGUAUAGCCAGGCCGACUCACUUCCAUCAAACCACUACUGAGUUUGAGGAGGAUCACCAGUCACUAAACGCGAGUGGCUCUGCAUGGUGUCUAUAGCCAACAGAUCAACCACCCACCCACCACCACCACCACCAACAGCGGGGUAGCUGUGUAUCAUCCAACAACCGACACACACCUGCGCCUUGCCAGAGGUAAACCAAGCUGUCAUUUGAUACAAAACCCAUCUCACGUACAAAGAGCGUCACAAUAUGCAUAGCCAUAGACAAUAUGUAAGGAUGUUUGGCUGGUAUGAUAGUUGCCUAAUAUAAAUAUACACACCAAUUCCUCUAGCCCUACAGACCCCAACCCAUCCUCCUUCCCCCCUCAUACCACCCUACAAUUCUCCCACCCACCAUCCAUUCAUCGCCAUCGAACCAAGCAUCCAUGGAAGAAGACCGGGUUGACAAGGCGAGCCUCGCCGCCAACGAAGGCUACGCAUCUGAAGAGGAAAAAGAUUGGGCCGACAACGAGAGCGUCACCACCGACGAGGAACACUCCGAUCCCCCCGCAAAAAAGAACAUCCACGCGCGCAGAUGGAAACUAAUCCCCAAAGACGAUGGUUCCUUCACCAUCGAAGGCGGCCGCAAACCAAAGGAAAUCCGCAUCAUGCCUAGAGCCGAGAUAUUUGAAAACGAGAAACAUCUAGCUGAGGCGGACUUCAUCUUGCCGCGCCUCAACCUCGCCAGAUUCCCCGGCCGAAACGGCCACAUCUCGCCUGGCAUCUUCCACUCGGGCUACAUCUCGCGCACCCUCGAGACAAUGGGGGAGGAGUUCCAGCACUACCAGACGCUAUGGCUUGCGAGCCCCGCCUGCACCUCUCUACGGCGCACAUUUGAUUCGUUGAAGCGCGAGCAGGACAGUCGCGUAGGUAUCGACAACAUCGUCUGCCUCGCGCUCGGGAGCCUGCAGGCGAUGAUGGAGGAGUGUCGAGCGGCUAGCUUGACGCAGUUAGCUGUUCUGUUGACUGUUAUUGGGGAACUAGAUUUAGAUCCGAAAACCACGCCCGGGAAAUUCGUCGCGCAGGACCCUAUUUUCACCCCUCUAGACGCAGAGUUCCUAUCUUCCCUCGGCUUCGUCGUUAAGUCGGAUCCAGAUGGGUUCUUGGCUAUCACGGAGAACACGCUCGUAUUCUCGAUAGCGGGGUACCUCGAGAUGGAGUGGGUGAUUAGCCGUGGUCCGUGGCCUGCGGCGAUGGUGUGGGGAGAUACGGAGGCGUUUAUGAAUAGGCUUUUGGAGGAGAAGGUGAGGGAGGGGAGGAGGCUGGUUGUUCCGACGAGGAGGGAGAGGGGAGAAAUAAUGGGGAUGUUGGGGGGGUGUGAUGUUGUGGAGUUGGUGGGGGAGGGGGAGGAUGCGUUGGAGGCGUGGGAUGGGAUUGGGAGGCAGAGGGUUUAUUGGCGGAGGAGGGAGGGGGAGGGGAAGGGGCUGUAA